GGUCCAUCAGUCUGUGGUUUGUGCACAGAGCAAGUCCUAAAUCUGCAGUGAUAGAAAGUAAUUUCUAGUUGACCAGCAGCAUCUAUUAGCUCACUUGUGGUUAGAGCAUCAUGCCAGUCUCCAGCCUUCUGCGUGCCAUCCUUCUGCUCUUCAUGGCUGGGAUUCUUCUUCUCUCAUUCUCCUCAGCACAGAGGAUUAGAGUAAGAAGACAGAAUAUGAAAGUCCGGAUCAACGCCACUGGUGACACAAUCAUCCUGAAGUUUCUUCGACCCAACCCUGAGAUCAAGCUUGAAGGUUAUAUCCUGGGCUAUGGUUCUAGCAUGUUCUCCAAGCAGUUCAUUCAGCUUCCAGAGAAUGGAAAGCCCUAUGAGACAGAGAUGGACGCUGAACCCAAGUACCUGGUCGCUGUCCAGCCAAUCAAACCGAACGAUGUGAAGAAACAAUGCACAGGUAAAGUGAACCUGGACAAGCCUCUUCAACUGAUAAUUGGCACAGUCUCACCCACCUCGGUGCUACUGUCCUGGAGGCCGUAUUCCAAGACUCCAUACGAGGGCAACAUAAUGAACGACUGUCUUGAGGAUGGGUUCUACACAGUCCGCUACAGGGAAAGAAACAGAAAGUGGAUCUAUCAGACAUGCCCCACCAGCGACACAGUGAUCGACAACCUGAAGCCCAACACUCAGUACGAGUUCGGGGUUCGACCCAACAAAGAUGAACGCAGCGGGAUGUGGAGCAAACCGGUCAUUCACAGCACCAACAUGGGAGACAAAAGCAUUCUCUACAAGUCGGGUCACACCAAGCCUGAGAAGCCAGUCAUGUCUGGACCAGGAGCAAUCUUUCCUCCUCGACCUGCUCUGCACAACAGCACCCAGCCAAGGCUUCCAUCUCUCCACAUGAAUCCUGCUUUUCCUGGAGCUCCAAAAACAUCUCUUGACUCAGGCAGCCAUGCAAGAAAUGCCUCCUUUCAGCCUGGAGGAAUUUCUCUUGGCCUCCCAAAUCUUCUGUCCACCAGACCCCCUCGUGAGACAACCACUAGUACCACCCAGUCCCCAACCAACGCUGACCCACGGCACGGCCUCUCCCCGACCACGGCAUCUAGUACAACUUCUAAGCCUCAUAGUUCAUCCAGAAAUUCUGGUAAAACCUUUCUGAAAAACCCAAGCUUGUCUGUUCCACCAAAACCCUUCGAUUCAGUCCUAGCAGGGAGCAACAGGAAUCGGACGGCUAUGAACAGAAACCCUAUAUUUCCCUUUAAUAACAACAGACAGCAUCCUUCUUCCCCCAGGGCCAACGACUCCAUCAGGAGAUAUGGGGUGAACGGAGUGCAUCAUAAAGGACUCUCUUUGCCCAAACCAGUCAUGUGGUACAAAGGCAGAAUGGCCAACAACUCACUUUCUGAGGAUAUUUCCACGGAGGCUCGCGGUGAUGCCGGCCCUGCUCAUGCCGAGGACCGAUUCUAUGGUUCUCCUGCUCGACACGCUUCCAUUAACAUCAAGAAGCCCAUCCAUCCUGGCAAACCAAGUGUAAUGGACAAGCCAAAUGACACAAAUAAGGACAAAAUCUUCCCCAAGACCAAAGUGCCACUUGCAACUGCCAAGCCAAUAAAACCCAGAACGACUGCUUCUUCAGUGACUGAAAAAACGUUUGAAACCUGGGAGAACUCAUCUGCCUUCAGCUCUGUUCCAGCAUCCACAGUCGAUGCCAUGGGCAAGGAACGCUUUAUUGCUCCUCACGUGGUGUAUAAAACAGACAAGAAACCAGACGAGCCUUGCUCCAUUACCUCGUCUUUGAAGUACUUCCCAGAAGAAGAAGGAGGGGAAGGCCGUGUGACUGGUCCACCUCGCUCAGCUCCUUCCAACCUCACUGUGGUCACAGUGGAAGGUUGUCCUUCCUUUAUCAUACUGGACUGGAACAAAGCUGACAACGAAACCAGAGAGUAUGAGGUUAUCUCCACCUCCAAAGGACCAGAAGGUGAGAAGGUCUCCAUCCUGACCACCAACCAAACCCACACAGCAGUGGAAAAUCUCAAACCUGAGAGCAGUUAUGAGUUCAAGGUUAAGCCAAAGAAUGAACUGGGUGAGGGGCCGCCCAGCCAACCUGUGACUUUCAACACUGAGUCGGCGGAUCCCAGAGUGAACGAGUACGUUUCAGGUAAAAAUGCCAUCUGGACACAGUUUCCAUUCAAGACAGACUCAUAUUCAGAGUGCAAUGGCAAACAGUACGUGAAGAGAACAUGGUACCGCAAGUUUGUGGGUAUCCAGCUCUGCAACUCACUCCGAUACAAGAUCUACUUGAGCGACUCUCUUAAUGGUAAAUUCUACAACAUCGGGGACCAGACAGGACAUGGAGAGGACCACUGUCAGUUUGUGGACUCCUUCCUGGAUGGAAGAACCGGCACACAGCUACCUGCAGACCAUCUUCCAGCAAGGACAGGUUACUUCAGAGCAAUGAGGCAAGAACCAGUCCAUUUCGGACAAAUAGGAGGCAAUUCGCACAUCACUUAUGUGGCUUGGUAUGAGUGUGGAACACCAAUUCCUGGCAAGUGGUAGACCCUCAAGCGAGUAACUCUCAUUUGCUGGGAAGGUCACAUGCUGUUGUUUUUUUUAUAUGUGUUAACCAGUGGCUUGGUGUGGUGCGAUACCUCAAGCUCCAGCACCAAUGUCCAAAUAUUGUAUAAAGGUGUACAGGAUGGAAGAGUCAGGGACUGAUGAGCAGGUCUGUGUGGUAUAUGAACAGACCAGGCCUUGUCUUAUUUAUCGUUAUUAGAGUAUAAAACAGAUACUAGAAUAAGAAACUGUAAUGAGUAAAAUGACUUUAAAUACAUGGAAGUCAUUUAAAUGUUGCUUUUUAAUAUUGGGAAGCUGGCUCCCUUAAAGUAUUUUGUUAUUUUUUAUAUUAUUAUUUAUCAACGUUUGUGGUGCCUCAUUUCUUGGCUUGUUAAUGGUAGGGACUGCUGAAACUGUGUACUCCAUUUAGAUAGCAGCAGUAAAAUGAGAUUUGUUUCAUGUACAUUUCAUUCAUCUAUUCAUCUAUUCAUUCAGCUUGUCAAUUCAUUCAUUCACCCAUUUGAACACAUACAUACGUAUGUUAUAUCGCCUUUCCUUCAUAAGCCCUUCUAUAUUGGAUGGCUCUAGACUGUAAAGAUGUUACACUUGCAAUUUGCACAAUAUAAAUAUAUUUAUAUGUAUAUGGAGAAAAGUUUUUUUUUUUUCAUUAAACAUUUGAAAGAAGGAACAAGGGCCUUUCUUUGAGCUUCUACACCAUGCAGCAGCGUCUACAUCAAAGCAAAGGCCGUUCAACGGGUUUGAGCCCACGGAAACCAACAAGAACUAUUUUUUCCAGCUGCCACUAAUGCCUUAAGUUUGUCUUUUUCACCUGUCACUUUAUUAGAAACAUCUGUACACCCUUUAAUUCAUGCAGUAAUCCAGUCAGCCAAAAUUCUUCUUCAACAAAAGUAUACUGAGACAGUCAAAAGCUUUUUUACUCAUAUUUGGUUGUUGAUGCCAACACAAUUUUCUAGUUUUUGCACCACUCUUUAUAAACUGUUUUGCAUUACAUUCCAGAGAACCAGCAGUUUCUAACUCCCAGCUUGUCAGACAUCAAUAACUUUCCAAAUUAUUCUAUAUCUGUAUGAUUUUGUAGCUGCCAAUGACUGGAUAAUUACAUGAGUAAACAAGUACAGGUGAUCCUCACAAACUGGCAACUACAGUGUGUCUGUGUGUGUGUCUGUGUGUCUGUGUGUGUGUGUGUGUGUGUGUGUGUGUGUGUGUGUAGGUGUGUAGGUGUGUAGGUGUGUAGGUGUGAGUGUAGGUAUGUGUGUGUUUGUGUGUGUGUGCAUAUGUUGCAUUAUUGUCCAUAUAUGUAUUGCCCAUAUGUCCCUAUGCAUUAUUUUCAGUAUUAAGAAAACCUAAAUACUUGUUUGUUUUUUAAUAAAAACAAAUCAAAACA